AUGAAUUUGCAAGACACUCCUAAUGCUUGUAAGGGAUCGCUGAGUACCAAGAGUUCAGAAAAUACAACAGGCGUCCCUGUGUCACCAUCACGUGUAUUUUUUCGGGAAAAGGAUGUUUUCAAAAAAGUUUCGUCGGAGCGCUCCUUCAUUGACCUGGUUCGUCAGCGGUUGCAUAACGUAUCGGCUUUUGGCGACACAAAUUCCUCUCAGGUUAAGCUCUCAAAAUUCGCUGGUGGAAAGAGAACAUUGCAGAAAAGUGGACCGGAUUUUACACAAUUUGUUGAUGCAUCCGAUGACUCCACUUCUCUAGAUCCAAAGAAGGGCCUCAGUUGUUCGGACAGUAUGAUUCAACUAAGUGGACGUGUGCACUUUAUGUAUGAACAAAUUCGGCGCAAUCAUAUGGAGUCGAAUUCAUCGAAAAGUUCCUGUUCAUCAUCAUCGUCAUCAUCAAGCUCCGAAAGUUCGCUUUAUUCAUCCUGCAAGGAUCUCUCCUGUUCAUCGACGUCUUCCUCGACUUCAUCUUCCAGUUCUUUGGCGCCACCAGAGCCACCUGACGGUGGCUGGGGUUGGGUCAUCGUAGUAGCUGCAUUCUUUGUCCACCUUAUAACUGAUGGAGUACCCGUUGCCUUUGGAAUUUUCAUAGAGGACUUGUUUGAGGAUUUUAACGUUACACUAAGCAUGACAUCCUGGGUGGGAUCAUUCGCUUUUGGAAUCCCCUGUUUGGCAGCACCCGUAGCAUCCAUUCUUAUAAGCAAAUUCGGUUGUCGCAAUGUGUGCAUAAUUGGAGGCUUUGUCAGUGCCAUUGGCUGCACCAUGUCUUUCUUCUCCAGCACAUUGUUUCAGCUGGUUUGGACUUUUGGUGUUCUUUCGGGCAUGGGCUGCAGUCUUUCAUCAACGGCAGCUCUUAUUAUUGUGUCGCUCUAUUUUGAAGAUCAGCGGGCUACGGCUACUGGCCUCUCCAUCGCAGGCUCUGGUGUAGGGGCCUUCAUAUUUGCCCCACUGGUCGAGAGACUCAUUUCGCUAUACACCUGGCGAGGUGCUAUGUUAAUUUUGUCUGGUGUAUUUGCAAAUCUCAUUGUAUGCGGUGCACUCAUGCGCCCCAUAGAGACUCGGAAAGAAAGAAAAAAACGCCAACUCCUUAUCUGUAUGGAGAACUUUGCCAAAGAAUCGGGCUUCAAACUGCCUCAGGUUUACCUGAACAGCGAAGAUGAGCGCACGGAUGUGCGAAUUCAUUUGCUCAGAAAAUUGUUAACGAACCCAGUUUUUCCGGAAACUUCUAUUUCGUCUUCAAGUUCUUCGUUAGUUAAGUCUGGCUAUGAGCAACCAAGGCAGCCUCAGGCAGAAAAACCGUGCCAACCAAAUCCCCUAGAAUCCGAAAAUCCUGCUGCCUGUUCAACUGCUUUGUGUUCGAAUGGUGUCUUUUCCUCUGCUAACCAAAAACAGGUAACACACAGGUCGAACAUACAAAAGUCGACCCUGGAAACCUUGCCUGAGGAAGAAACAUGUAUGGGUUCCUCUCCCAUAAAGUUGAAGGAACCUCGCCACCAACCUUCCCAAAUACUAGGAACGGAUUUCGAUGGCCAAGCUGCGAGUAGGUUUUUACUCUCAAAGCUAUCUCCUUUCCUUGAGGAUUUGAACAAGUCUAAGCGGUGCACUUGGCCGCCUUUCACAUAUAAAUCCUUUAACCAAAAACUACCGAGAAAAAGUCUUCGGGUAUUCAGUUAUGAACCAAUAGGCAAGUACAUGUUUGCCGUGGGAAGUUGCGAGCAGCUCGUGUGCAUGAAAUCUGCGAAACCUCGGACACAUAUUCCUCCUGAUGCUGAAGCGGGAAUUUUGCUUUCAUCCACCAAAGAGCUCUGUUGUAUAGACUCACCAUCAGCGGCUGUAAGACAACCACACACAAACAAUCCGCAUUUGUUGUGCAGUCCACACCAGUUCCACCAGCCUACUAGUUGUCGCGAUCCUUCAACAGCAAACAGAACUGACAUCAGGUCCAAGUUGAAGGGCAUUCAAACUGCUAAGUCUUCAGCAAUGGCCGUCGAUGACUCCCAAAUAGCGCCACAACACAAAUAUAGCUUGGCAGCCUUUCGUGAUUCAAUUACGUACCUACACCCACUACACUCUCGCACGAAACGAUCCGUGUUUCAUCAGUCUGUGGUUUGUCGCUCGUCAGCUGUCGAUCGUUUGCGAGCCGCUCUAAGCAUGCCUGACCUUGUUUCGGCCCAGAAGGGGGAUUCAACUUCUGAAAGGAGUGACUCGUACAUGCUCGGGCACAAUGUCUGUAAUUGCCUCCGUCGCACCAGGACUGCUUUUUGGCGCCACUUCACCCACGCUGUUGAUAUCAGCCUCCUGAAGAAUCUACAAUUUAGCAGCUUCUUGCUCUCCACUCUGUUGCUUUUCUUCUGGUGCAACGUGGCUUACUUCUUUCUGGCCAUAUAUGCUGUACAAAAAGGCGUUUCAUACACAAUGGCUGCUAUUCUCUACUCCAUAAUGGGAGCCUCGGAUAUGGUCGGGGAAAUUGCCUUCGGCUGGACUGCUGACCAGGACUGGUGCAAUAUCGUGUUUCUCUACUUUUGCGGUGUUCUCGUUUGUGGCGUGUCGACAAUUAGCCUUGUUUCCUCCUCUGAUACCUUUUUAGUUGUCUUUGGAUUUACAAUGGCUGCCAAUGAUUCGCUUUGCACAAUCUUCGUCAUCGAAUUUGUAGGCUUAAGUCGGCUAGUAAGCGGACUCGGACUCUGCCUUUUCUGUCAAGGGAUCGCCAUGAUCCUUGGACCACCCUUUAUCGGUGAGUUAUCAGACGUAUUCUUUCGGAAAUUUCUGAUUUUUAUUAGUUAUUCAGAAACUUGA